UUUGAGAACUGGCUGGACUCGACGAUUGGCAAGACUGAGUCACAUAAUCUUGUUCAAGACCAUGUCCUGCACUCAGGACGAAAGAAAGAAACGCCAGUGAAGCUCGAAGGAGAGGGCUUACACUGACUAGCACUGGGACUGUGCCCUCAGUACCGCUACCUCCGAUACUAGCGACUGCCUUCAAAAGCAUGGAUGAGGUUGGCAAGGCACCCUCGCAUCAGAGCCAUCUCCUGGCUCAGGAGAGGAAGCGGAGGAGUUUUGACUUGGAGGAGUUGACUAUCUUUCUCAAUGGCGGAGCUGACAGCUACAAGGCUAAGAACGAAAUGGAGGCUAUUGUGCUGAAGGAUCCGAUUCUGCGUCAAGAUGACCUGCACUUUCUGUCGCACGAGGAGGAGUACCGGUUUUCCUUGCAGCGCUCAAAGAGAGCCAUUGAACUGCUCCGUGAACUCAAGUUGGAAUGGGGAUCAGCAAAGGCUAAUAAGUUUUGGCAAGCUGCGGAAAGCGAAUCUUUUCCGGUUGGCCUUAACUUGCACAUGUUCACGCAUGCAUUGGCGUCCCAAGGUACCAAGGAGCAAGUUGAUUUCUGGGUGCCACUGGCUAAGGAUUUCCGCAUCAUUGGGUGCUAUGCGCAGACUGAAUUGGGUCACGGCUCUUUCUUGCGUGGUUUGGAAACACGCGCCGAGUACGACCAGACAACGCAGGAAUUCAUCUUGAACACGCCGACGCUCACGUCCAUGAAAUGGUGGCCCGGCUCACUUGGCAAGACGGCAACCCACGCGCUGGUCAUAGCCCGUCUGUACAUGGCUGGACGAGAGCGUGGCAUUCACAUGUUCAUCAUGCAGCUCAGGGACAUGGAGACGCACCAGCCACUGCCCGGUAUCACGGUGGGAAACAUCGGUCCACGCGUCGGAUAUAACCCGAACGACAACGGCUUUCUGGGUCUGAAGAAUGUCCGCAUUCCUCGAAUGCACAUGCUGAUGCGAUUUGCUGAGGUGACACCGGACGGACGCUAUGCAUCACUGACACGCGCUGCAAAGCCUAGCUACGGCACGAUGGUGUGGAUACGGGCAGGUCUGGUCACAAGCAGGGCGGUUAAGCUGUCCAAGGCGGUGACCAUUGCCAUUCGCUACAGCGCAGUCAGACAGCAGGGUCACAUUGAUGAUAAGGCUGGUGAAGUGGCUGUCCUGGACUAUGUGUCACAGCAGCAUCUCCUUUUCCCACUGCUAGCCACUUCCCUGGCGUACCUUCACGUGGGCCGGUGGCUAUAUGCAGAGUAUGUAAGAUACAGACCUGACAAUGCCAUGCAAGCAGCUGAAAUGCAUGCGAAUAGUUCCACCCUGAAAGCGCUGUCCGCCUAUGUUGCAACUAAGGGUAUUGAGACAUGUCGUCGAGCCUGCGGCGGGCAUGGCUACUCUCGCUUCAGCGGCCUCCCUCACAUCUACAAGUAUGCCACUGCCGCUGAGACCUAUGAGGGUGAAGCCAUGGUGCUGCAUCUGCAGACAGGAAGGUUUCUCAUGAAGGCGCUGCGUUUGUUCAAGAGUGGCCAGACACUGACCGGGACAAUCAAGUACCUCUCCCAUUGGCUGACGGUGGUGAGCGACACCAGUCCCAUCGUGCCGGCCGGCAAGUCGCUUGCCGAUCUCUUCGUUCUGUCCAAUGUGUUUGAGUGUGCCGCAGCCAGGCUGAUAGCUCUGGCUGGCCGAAAACUGGAACACUUCUUGGAACAAGAUGGUCUCAGCAAGGAGCAAGCAAUGAAUAGAGCUGCUCCUUGGCUUGUCCGAGCAUCGGAGGCUCAUGGCGAGGCCCUGUUUCUUGUCAGGUUUGCCAGCAUUGGUGAUGCUAAGCUAAGCCGGCCAGCAAGAGAGAUGCUGAAGGGCUGUGCACUGCUGUACGGUCUGUGGCGCAUUGAGGAGAACACCAUGUUCUUCAUGGAGACAGGAACGCUAACACCUGGCAAUAUACAAUCAGCACGAGAGCACAUUUCAGAGCUACUUGCUCUCCUCAGACCGGAUGUUGUGUCGCUAGUGGACGCGUUUGAUCAUCCGGAUGAAGUCCUUCACUCGGCGUUGGGUGCUUAUGACGGGGAUGUGUACAAGCGCAUGUAUGACUAUGCCAAGCGCGAGCCGCUGAACAAAACCGAGGUUGCAGAUGGCAUCCACGAGUACUUGAAACCACUGAUGAAAUCUAAAGUUUAGCCAGGCAGUGGGCUAGCUGGAGAAAACAUGGAGAAUGGAAUUUCAGCCAUCGGACUACCCUUUCCAUGCAUUUCUGCUUGACAACACAACUUCACUACUUUCUAAGCAUGUCCCAUUUGGAAUAUUCUAAUAGGGAAUUCGCAUCACCCUUGCUGCCAGUCAAGCUUUCCUUUUGAUCACUAGAAAUUAAAUUAAGUAGCAUUUGGCACAAUGAACAAUAUUGUUUCAGUGUACAGAGAUUUUUUUAAAUUUUUAAAUUGCAAACUUCUGCAAUAAUAUAAUAUCAA